AGACUCAUCACAUUGACCAGAAGAUCGAAAGUCAAAGCCGGCUUGUUCUGGUAAAUCAUGGCUGUCAGUGGUUGUAAUUACCUGUACCAACCUUUUUGUAAGGCCGGCUAUUGGGCUUCUGAGAUUUCUUGCCGAGAGCGGCUGGUCCAUUUUCGCUUACAUUGGAUGGGAUCAAUAUAACUACUUGGUUGAUGAGAGCGCAAUGAUGAGCUGAUGUUUAGUUUAGACAUGUCGGGAAGUUCGUCCGUCGGUGGUGGCCAAGAGAUUUGACAACGACUUUUGGCCGCGGGUGGUCGGUGGUAAGCUCUCUCAGGUCCCGACGGCAGCGAUUGGGCCUUGGGCGUAUAACGCAGUGCCAGCAAGCCGUCCCAUAACCCACUCUCCACUCUCCACACACACACACACAACCUCACCGUCGCCAUGUUUGUCCGUCGCGUAGCAUCCGGCCUCGCCAAGCGCGCCGCCUUCCGCCCCGUCGCCGCCCGCCCUUUCUCGUCGUCCUUUGCCCGCUUCGACGCCCACAGCGACCCUAAGCCCGGCCAACACUCCAACAAAGUCAAGCCCUUUGAGGAGAUCCAGAACGAGCAUGACCUUAUGCCCGCUGGUGCCGAGCCCGGUACCGUCCCCACCGACAUCGACCAAGCCACCGGUCUCGAGCGUCUCGAAAUCCUCGGAAAGAUGCAGGGCAUCGACAUCUUCGACAUGAAGCCUCUGGAUGCCAGCAGAAAGGGCACGUUGAAGGAGCCCAUUGUCGUUCGCUCUUUCGGUGACGAGCAGUACUGCGGUUGCACCGGCUGCCCCGCCGACUCGCACGUCGUCACUUGGUUGACCAUGUCGCGCGACCGCCCCAUCGAGCGCUGCCCCGAGUGCGGCUCCGUCUACAAGAUGGACUACGUCGGCCCUCAAGAGAGCCACGACGCUCACGGCAACCACGGUCACGACGUCGGCCACGCCGACACCGAUGGCUCCCACAACUUCGGCGGCGAGCCCAAGACUCUUGCCGACUUUGUCCGUCCCGAGUACAGAUAGAUCUGUUGCUUUUUUCCCCAGAUACACACACACGCACAAAUUCGCUUUGGGACUGGGCUAGAGAUUGCGUCCAAAAUCUGUAUUAUAGAGUGCAAUCUCACCAGCUUUUGGCUUUCUGCUUUUUCUCUUAUAAAAAGGAAACCUAUAAUCAUUUGAACACUGGCGCACUAUUACUGACAUCUGGAUCCUUUGUUUUUUUCUUUACCAUCAUCGUUCGAGAGCAGUAGUGACUUUUACCAAUCACAAGGGUUGACACAUUGAUACAUGUAAGUCAGUUCGUGAAGAUACGCAUCACAGCCACGUUCGCC